AUGUUUUUGCAGCCAAAUAUACCAAUGAUAUAUGCAAGCGGUAAAACAGAAAAGAAUUAUCCAUUUAUUGUAAUGCAAAUAUUAGGAAAAAAUUUGACAACAUUACGGAAAGAACGAACGGAAUCAAAGUUCACUUCAUCAACAGCAUUCCGGAUCGGUGAACAAAUUGCGCAUGCAUUGCAAUACUUGCAUGAAGCAGGUUAUAUACAUCGUGAUGUUAAACCAACAAAUUGUUGUAUUGGUGUACCACCUGAAACAGCUGUUAUUUAUCUUGUUGAUUUUGGUAUGUGUCGAAAGGUGAUCGAUUCAGCUGGUAAAUGGCAUAUGCCACCGUUAAAAUCAAUAUUUAAAGGAACUUUACGAUAUGCUUCAGUGAAUGCAAUUAUCACACAUCAAUGUGGACCAUCUGAUGAUAUGAUGGGAUGGAUUUAUUCGAUU